AUGGAUCAAGGCGGGAUUUCGCGGCGACCGACUAGCAGGAUCAGGGGCAAGGCUCCGGAGGGUGGAAAGCAAAGCCGAGGCGUUGGUGAUCUGGUGCCAGGUGCAGCCGGGCGUCCCCAAGCCGAUGCAGAGGAGGGUCAAAGGACUGCGGCGGCCACCACAGUCCGGCAUGCUUUGCAGCAAGCCGCGGCCCAGCUAGGGCCUGAGGAAAUUGAGCCGGGUCUGUCAGCUUCAGAGGUGGUGGCAGAUGCUUCCUCCUGGGCGUCAGCUUCGCGAUGGAGAAGUGGAUCCAACGCGCGUCGUUUCACGGCGGCGCUCUGUCGCAUGCUUAGCUUAUUGGAAGGUCUACGCCCUGAUGUUGGUGAAGUCCGUGCUGCAGACACUUUAGAGGGCCCACAGCCCGUGGAACCCCGCCCUCUCCGAGGCGCUCUGGCGCGACGUGGUUCAACUUCAGUGGCGGCUCAGGAACCUCAGGUCCGCCAGAUGGUAUGGUCCUGGCUCCUUCGUCCUCUUCGCCUUUGGAAGACUUGUGCGGUUCUCCUCCUCGUGCUGAUAUGCCCCAGGCUCGUCGCCCUCUUGGCCUCCAUGAUCAUACGGUUGCUUUGUCGAGCCAUGAUUCUGGUGCUUGGACGUGUGGCCCAUGAGCUGUGGCAAGAAGUUCGCAUGGGUAUCUCCCAUGCCUCCCUGGCAGUGACUGAGCUGGAGCUGCAACUGGUGGAGCUCCUAGAAAGUUGGAUGGGGUGGCCCAACGUGGUGCCUUCAACAGCACCGCCCUACCUCACGGACCCGUCCUUCGUGCCCAGUCCGCCGCCCACGCCGGCUCCUGGAGCUUCCCUCCCAGCCCGCCCUUUGGAAAUCGUUCACCUGGUGCUCAUGGCGCUUCUCUAUCGUCGAGCCGCAGGGGUGGGUGGGGGAGGCAUUGAACCAGCAGCUGCUCAUCCCAGGCCUUGA